CGCACUGCCUGCCCUGCCCGCACCGCCUGCCUGCGCUGCCCGCUUUGCCCGCUCCCAUGGAGCUGCUCUGCAUGGAAGCCGUUCCCCGUGUGCCCCGCGCCGGGCGCGACCCGGAGCUCCUGGGUGACCGGCGGGUGCUGCAGAACCUGCUGAGCCAGGAGGAGCGUUACAGCCCCGGCGUCUUCUACUUCCACUGCCUGCAGCGGGAGAUCAAGCCCUACAUGCGGAAGAUGCUGGCCUUCUGGAUGCUGGAGGUGUGCGAGGAGCAGAAGUGCGAAGAAGAGGUCUUCCCCUUGGCCAUGAAUUACGUGGAUCGCUACCUGUCAUUAGUCCCCAUGCGGAAAAGUCACUUGCAGCUUCUGGGAGCGGUCUGCAUGCUCCUGGCUUCCAAGUUGCGAGAAACCAUGCCCCUGACCGUGGAGAAACUCUGCAUUUACACAGACAAUUCCAUCACGCCUCGGCAGCUCCUGGACUGGGAGGUUCUAGUCCUGGAGAAGCUAAAGUGGGACCUGGUCUCGGUGAUAGCAAACGAUUUCUUGGCUCACAUCCUCUAUCACCUCCCGCUGCCUAAGGACAAGAUGGAGCUGGUGAAGAAACACGCACAGACCUUCAUCGCCCUGUGUGCCACAGACUACACUUUUGCCAUGUACCCCCCCUCCAUGAUUGCGACAGGCAGUAUUGGAGCAGCGAUCCAUGGCCUGAUGGUCUCCGUGAACAAUUUCACCGGUGAGGCGAUCACCGAGCUGCUGGCUAGCAUCACCGGCACGGAGGUGGACUGCCUGAAAGCCUGUCAGGAGCAGAUUGAGGCAGCCUUAGCCGAGAGCCUGAAACAGGUGUCCCAAAGCCAAAAGGAAUACAGCGCUGCCAAGACUGCUGCUUACUCGGCCAGCCAGCCCACCAGCACGCCGACAGACGUCACGGACGUCAACCUGUGACCAGCCACCCAGCCCCGCCGCAGCCGGACCUCACCCUGGACGCCGACAGGUCGCUGCAUUUCCCCCCCCUCCAUCCCAUCCGUCAGGCCCCUCCAUCAGAUGCCCGCUGAGGAUUUGUUCCGCUCGCUGGGAGCGCGGAGCAGGAUCUGUGCUCGUCCGUCGGAGCGGGCAGCCAGAGCUCGCUGCUGCAGGUGGCCGGGGUGAAGCGACCGUUUUCAUGCUGGCAGGGCACAAGAAUAGCUGGGGAGGGGGAGCAGGACCAAAAUGAAGUUGUAAAAUGUUUCUCAGUUUGUGUUCCUCAUAGCCUGGCUGGCCGCUGUUCACCGUCUCCUCGGGGGUGUUUACCGAGACGACUUCCAGCCCUGCGUGGGCCGUCGGUGGUGGACAGCGACCCUCUCACUCUGGCCUACAUGACCAAAAUCCUCGUAGCCCCCCACCUCCCUCCCCGGGUGGGGGUGCUACAGGCCCGCGCGCCUCACGAGAGCGUCGGGUAGGAGGGAGCCCUCAGUCCCAAUUGCUUUGUGCCAGAUUGCUGCGGCUCCUGGGGGGCGAUGCGGCUGCUUCUGCUUGGAGGAACCGUGUGGCUUGUUCCUUGUUGCCGUUGGAUUUGGGAUUUGCGGGCUUUCGGCUUGCUUGGGGGACGUGCUCCCCAUCCGCGUGGACGGCAGGAGAGAAGCCCUUGCCUCAGGGAGCUGCCUCCAGGUCGCGGUUGGGCGCAAUCCCCUUGGCUUUCCGCUGCUCCACUGAGGCUGCUUAAUUUAUUAAUUGCUGAGAAACGAGGAGGGAGGAAGACUUUGCAGUUCCUUGGCCUGGAUGCUGGUCGCUUCUCCGUCCGAAUGAGUGCCUUCACCCUUCGUCCCCUUCCCUAGCUCCCUGGGCAAUGGGAGACUCUCACCUGGAAGCUGGUUGGUUUUUUAGGUAGCUUAGACAUCAGCCUAGGUUUUAAGAAAUACAUUUGAAUGUGCUGCUAUAGUCUGAAAUGCAUUUUUGCUCCUCCAAGGCAGGGAUCUCGGAGCGCGUUCAGGACGGGGCUGUGUUGCAUAUAUGGGUCCGACUUGUCUCCUUAUAGGGUGGAAAACUUGCUGCGCACUUGAGUUGAACUGCAAUUGCAUUUUUGUAUUGUUGAUUCUUUUAGUUUUUAUAAAAAGUGUUUUUAAAAAAAAAAUAAUGCUGCUUUUUAAAGAGAAAACCAUUAAAUAGUAGAAUUGUAUUAACCAGAAGCCACAGCAAUUCUGCAGGGAGGGGAGGCAGACUGCUGCUGCUUGGUGACCUCUGGACACGUGGAUCGGUGGUGGCUGUUCUCCUGUGAGGGACGUGGAAAAGGAGGUAGAAAUCUUUUUUUGGAUGCUACUAGAAACAAAAGUCUUAUCAGGUGGAAAAAGAUGGGGCUGCUGUUCCUUCACUAGCCUGAUCUGUCAAGAAGAGCUGUCUGCCGCUGACUCCUGCUAGCAGGGGGGCUGGGGGUGCACAGGGCCUGUCUGUACAAAAUUUUUUUAUAUAUAUAAAUGAGUUUUAAUUUAAGAGUAAACUGGUUUGAUGUUCACAGGCAAGAGUCCCACUGCUGGGAGAAUCAGGAUCGUAUAAUGUUGCAAUAAAGUAUUUUAAACAAG